AUGAUAGCAGGACCACCCCGGAGAGUAGCCGUGCAUGAGCCUGUUCAAGACAAAAAGAAUCAAGAACCAGUAGCUACCAAAAAGAAAAAAAAGAGGAAAGAAUGGGACAGUACUGUUUCCGACUUGUCCGUAUAUAAACUCUCCAAGGAAGAAUUGGCAAAAAGGCGGCAGCUAUACCAAUCACCAAAUUGGUCCACUAGCCAAAGAAAUACUUUCAUGGAUGAAUCUAAUACCUCACGACUUAGUCAGUUGACUCCUGAUGGACGAGACACAAAAAAAGCGGUUGUUAUGAAAGAAAUUUUACAUCGAAAUGAUAAGCUACAAAAUCUUCUUGAAGAAUCGGAUAGGGCAGUAAAUGUCAUAAAAGACUUAUUUGGAGAUCAUCCUCGACGUUUCAUAGCAUUCCCAAAUGUUACGGCAGCGCCGGAGAAUCAGGAAUUAGAUCAUAACAGUGAUGGUCAUCUAAGAAAUAGCAUAGUUGUUCAACCUGAAGAGCCACCGACGCGACUUUCUACUUUAAGUCAGUCCGUAGUCAAUACUCCGGCAAUAAACGAAGCCAUUUCAGUGGCUGAUGACGAUCUGCCUGUUAAUGAUAAAGAAACUAAUGAUACUGUCAAAGAUACCUUACUAGAUAGUAUACAUUCUACACAAAAUUAUACUAAGAAAGGGGAUAAAUUGGCCGAAAAUAUCGUAAAUAAUGAUAGAAAUGGGGACGAUUUUGCAGAAAGUAGUUUAAUUGAUGAUGGCACAAAGGACCCUAUCAAUCAGCGAGGUAAAAUAUCUAGUUUAGAUGAACUUAAAAGAGUAGUUAGCGAAAUCGAAACAGAAAUCGGGAAUUAUGAAGAAGAAAUUGGCGAUGUAAUUAGCGUAAAAUCAAAUGCUCAGCGCGAUAAACAUUUAAAGAGAGAAAUUGAAGAACGUAAUAGACUAUUGAAUUCUGUAGACGAACAGAGGAUAUUAAUUAAUGGGUUGACUGCGGAUAUUCUUCGCACUCAAGAAAUUUGCAAAUCGAUGCAGUCUUCAUUUGACCAAUAUAAGUUAGAAUCUGAAUUACAAAUUACUCAUCUGCAGAAAGAACUAUACGCUGUUUUGAAAAGUCGUGAGUAUCAGUGUGUAACAAAUACUAUCGAACGCUUAUACGAAACAACCCGCAAACCUAUUGAUGUAAAUGUAGCUUCUACUGCCAAGCAAGAUAUAUACUCAGGGUUAGCAGAGCUAAUCAGCGGUAAUGCAAACGGCGAUUUUUCUUAUUUGCCCCUUCAUGAAAAGCCUGACCAACAGUUAUUCGCUCUCGCUGAUGUUGAAUCUGAUGAUAAAGUAUUGUAG